GUAAAAUUAGUGUUUUUUCAGGAACUUAUAAAAUUAGUGUUAAUACUUAUAAAUAAUUAUUUUACAUUUUUUUAUGGAUUAGUCAUUCUCCCUGCUCCGACAAAUAUCUGAGUAUUUAUUUUUGUUUGGCUGCAGUUAAAGAAACGAUUCCGUUAUUUCAAUGGCGCUAAUCGUUCCUGUAAAGUUCGCGCCUGCGCCUCUCCCAGCGCGCGUUAGCUGCCGCCGUCAGUUUCAUGUUGCCGCCGCUUUAUCAACGCCGCCUCGGAGCAACACACCGGCGGUGGACUGGGUGAAGGAGACUGACAGCUUCUUCGAGCAAGAUUCGCGACCAAUCAUGCUCUUCGACGGUGUCUGCAACCUGUGUAAUGGAGGCGUGAAGUUUGUACGAGAUAGUGAUCGCCGAAGGAAUAUAAGAUAUGAAGCUCUACAAAGUGAAUCAGGCAAAAAAUUAUUGCAGAGAUCAGGAAGAGCUCCUGAUGAUAUUUCAAGUGUUGUUCUUGUUGAAAAAGAUAGGUCUUAUAUCAAAUCAGAGGCUGUACUAAAGAUCAUGGAAUACAUUGAUAUGCCCUUUCCUCAGCUGGCCUUGUUUCUCCAAUUUGUACCAUUAUUCGUGCGGGAUUUUGUAUAUGACAAUAUUGCAGAUAAUAGAUACAAUAUUUUUGGUCGCUCAGAUUCUUGUGACAUAUAGAAUUUCUUGUUCUGCACUCCUUUGGAGAAGAGAAGCAAGUAUAUUAUGUCUUGUUGGAAGAACUAAUUAUUGUGCUAUAUGAUUUUUUUUUUUUAAUCUGUUA